UCCUGCUUCCUCCCCGUCCCGGAUGCCCGGCUGAGAACGGCCGCCCCAGCCGCCCCUGCCCUCAGUUGUGUUUUGUGAGGGAAGGUUGGCUGGGAACGGCUGGUUCAGGCGUUUAUUGGUGAAGACCGGAGCUUCAGCUCAGGAGGAAGAUGAAAGAAAGUGUUGCUGAGGAACAUUUAUAUUUGGGUUUUUCUCAUCAGUACAAAGAUAGUGUCUUUCCUCUUCAUACAUCUAUUUCACUGUUCUUGCUAUCCUACUGUGACUGCAAGUUAUUCAAAGUUUUCUUAGUGCCAACUGGUGAAAAUGUGGAUGAUCAGCUUAUGACAAAAAACCUCCUUGGUGAUCUUGAGGCCCAUGUAAUCUCCAGAUGUCAGCUUCCAUUGAUUGUGCAGAGCUGCUGUUUACCUGCUGUUGUUGUGAAAGAUGGCAAGUUCUGUCGAGCUGGGCUUUCUGUUGUCUUAAGGCAUAUAAUACAGAAGACAUAUGAGGCAGAUCCAUCUAGAAAGGAUGUUUUGGAACUCUUAGGCUUUAAGAAGACCUGCUUAAAAGCCUGUGCUGAAGUUAGUCAGUGGACCAGGCUUUGUGAGAUCAGCAUACCUCGGGCUGUUGAAGGAUUUUUGACGGCGUCUCCUGAGGACUGUCAGGCUAUUCCUCCUCACAUUCUACAACUUGAAAGGAAGCUUGGAGAACCUGUCCGAGUACAUAAUGAUGACAAAAUUCGAAGGCAAAAACUUCAACAACAGAAGGCAGGUGCCAAGGCUGCAGUGCCUGUGCUUGGUGAAGAAGCAACAGAGGAAGGAAAAACAGUGGAGAUGCAUGAACACCCACUCCCAAGUUUGGAACUGAGCGUAGCUUUCUCAAAGCUACUUGUCCAGGAAGUCCCAAAUGCAGUCAACAGGGAGUCCUGCUGCAUCAGGGGAACAAAAACCUCUGAUCUUCCACUGCUGGACCACAUUUUUGCAGAAGGCCUUUAUUUUACCUUGACAGAUAUAGUGCUUUUGCCAUGCAUCCAUCAGUUUUUGGUUUCCAGCAAAAAACAAGGCAAAAAUCUGAUAAAUUUGCCUCUGAUAUUCAGUUGGUAUCAAAGAGUUCAAGAAGUACCUGGAGUAAAGAAAGCUGCUGGCAAAUGCAACAUGGAGUUUCUUCAGCUUCCAGAGUUGGCAUCUCCUCCAGAGGAACAGCCCCAAGACCUCUCUUCAGUUCCUGAUGAACUAGGAGAGGAGAAAGAAGACAGUAAUUUUAUAGGUGGUCCAAGGCCAACUAUGACUAAGUUAAUGGAAAAUGGUAUUGAAGCAAAGUUUUCUCCUCAUCCAUGCCCCAGCUGGACCCUGGACUGGGCCAAUCUACCAUCUGCUGUCAGUCCUGGAGAAGGCAACUCUGGUGUUGCUUGUGUUCCUGGUGCUGCACAUGUGGGAAACUAUUCCUUGUCUUCAGGAAAGAUGUCUAGAGACCGGGCUCUGAGGAAGCAGCAACAAUUGAAUAAUUUGGUAGCAGCGGUGACAAAGCUUGCUAAGCCUGGAGAUGUGAUAGUGGAUUUCUGCAGUGGAGGGGGCCACGUUGGCAUUGUGCUUGCUCACAUGAUGCCAUUGUGUCAGGUGGUGCUCAUAGAAAAUAAGGAGUUGUCUCUGAUCCGUGCUAAAGGCAGAAGUGAUGAACUAGGUUUAAACAACGUUUGGUUCAUUCAAGCAAAUUUGGACUAUUUUAAUGGGACUUUUAAAAUAGGGGUGGCUCUGCAUGCAUGUGGUGUGGCAACAGACAUGGUAAUCGAACACUGCAUCAAGGCAGGAGCAGCCUUUGUCAUCUCCCCUUGUUGUUACGGCUUCAUUCAAAACACAAUGAAGUUUAAGUAUCCACAAAGUCAUCAGUUCAAAGAAAUUUUGUCUUACAAGGAGCACAUGAUCCUUUGCAGAUUUGCAGAUCAGACAGCAGUUCAGCUUCCACCUGAACGCAGGCUAAUUGGAAAGCAGUGUAUGGGGCUUGUGGAUCUAGAUCGGGCACAGGCUGCAGAAGAACGUAAUUACUCUGUCCAAGUUAUAUCUAUGGAGCCAGAGAGUUGUUCUCCAAAGAACAAUAUGCUUGUGGGCAUCCCUACUUAGAGUGUGAAACUUGCAUUUGGUUUGAAGUUGAACAUAAAUCUUCAGUGCAUAAUGACAUCCAGCAGAUACAAGCAGAGCUGGGAACCAGACAUCACACAUGUUGAACCCACUGCAUUUGGAAAAGGAAACAGCACAAAAAGUCUUAGAAAUUGAACUGCCACUGCUAAUUGCAGUGGCUGUUGCUUCCCAUUCUUAAAAAACUUCUUGUCAGAAGAAAUGUUUAAGGACAGUUCAUGUGUCUUUAUACAACCUCUUCAUUGAUUUUAUAUUCACUUUAAAAUUUGAAAAAAGGUGCAAUUGUGGAAUCAAUUGAAAAGAUUAGCCACAGCCAUGUUACUGUAAAAUGAAAAUAAAUGUUCUUCUGUGUUCUGA